CGAAAUAUGGGCGGGAACACGUGAUCUGGUGAAGGACUUGGCGCUUUGUUCAUUUUCAGAGACGACUUUUCGCAGUUCAACACAAGCACGUAUUCGAACACACUCAACUGGACGAAUCUAGAUGCAAAGCCAGUCUCCUGCGGGACAUCAUGGCCAGUCUACCUGUCCUAAAGAGAAAGAAAAUGGGAGCAAACCAGCUGAGAUUUUUAGAAAAGAUCUUAUAAGUGCAAUGAAAUUACCCGAUGGGCAGACGUUGCAGUCCGGUGAAUAUCAUAUUAUUACUGAUUCUUGGAAGCUGGAAUGGGAAAGAGGUGUCCAGGUAUGUGUCAAUGAAGUGUCGUCGCUGAAACCUCACGUCAGACGGAUUAACAAGAGUCCAAAGAAACGAGUCUACACCGACGAAUACAAACUUCCUAAGCAGCGCAUCAAAACUCCAAUUCCAUGUCAAAGCGAAGUGACAUAUGACUUGGAUCAAAUGGACUUGUGCUGGUUGAAGUUGUUAAACAGGAGACGUAGAGGAUGUAAUCGUGGAACAAUUGAAUUGGAGUGCUUCGAGAAGGCAAUAACACAUCUGGAACUAGAGUGUCAUCGCAAGUUUGUUGAUGCAAUAGCAACCAAUGAAGGUCUUGGUAUCGAGUAUGACGCAAGCAUUCCGUGUGAUGUCUGCGGCGAGACCGACGGGGAGGAAGGGAACGAAAUGAUAUUUUGCGAUGUGUGUAACGUCUGCGUUCAUCAGGCAUGUUAUGGAAUUCAAGUUAUUCCCGAUGGUUGUUGGCUGUGCCGGCCGUGUAUGCAAAACGUUCAACAUCCGGAGUGUGUGCUGUGCCCAAACGAAGGAGGAGCACUGAAACCCAUCAGAUUUCAUCCAAAGUGGUGUCACGUUCGCUGUGCGUUGUGGAUACCCGAAGUCGGAGUUGGGAAUGUGGACAGAAUGGAACCGAUCACGAAGACUGAGCUGAUACCGAUCAGACAUAAGAAUGAGGUGCAGUAUGACUACCAAAGCAGAUGGAAUUUGGUGUGCACCAUAUGCAAAAGAAAACAAGGAGCGUGCAUUCAGUGUUCGGUAAAGUCGUGUACUGUGGCAUACCAUGUUACGUGUGCAGUGAAAGCAGGCAUCUACAUGAAGACAAUCUUGGACACGACUGAGAACAAAUUGGGUCAUGUGAGACACGUGUCUCAUUGUCCUAAACAUACUAAGGAAUAUCUCCCUAACUCUAUCUCUUUGUCGUUGAAUUCAAGAUCAGACAUGAGCCGUGGAAACAUUCGAGAGUCAAGACUGAAGCGUCUUGAGGACAAUGUUCACACUUUAGUGUCUCCUAAAGAUGUUGUAGAUACAGUAAACGUGUCAGAACGUGUUGCAAGUCUGAUAUACAACUACUGGAAGAUGAAACGCAGGGCUCAGGGCAAUUGUUCAUUGCUUGACUUCCCGGAUCCUAAGAAGGCUGCUGAAGACCUGAAGCGUCAUAAUCAACUAACUGUACAGACUAGUGACCUUAACUGGGAAGCUUACUCGCAUCAGAAAGUCGACUUAGACAAGCUCUUGACUCUCCGAACGGACAUGGAGAAGGCUCGUAACCUAAGCUACAUGUUGAUACGGCGAGAAAGAUGGAAGAAAAAGCACGUACAGGUGCAUCGAGAUUUGAACGCCAAACGGUGUCAGUUGGCAUUAGAAGAGGCCAAGCGUGAAGCGAAAGAUAAGUCGAAACGGCAACAGAAGGGAGACACUCUGAAGGGUCGGCGAUGCUCAGUUAAGGAAUGGGCUAGUCAACACGGUCGAAGACCGGGAGGUGACGACGGUCCGUUUGAUGGCAAGAGAAACGACGUGGGCUGGAAUGGAGUCCGACUUCGACCUCGUCGGUUGGCGCAGCAGUCUAGGGAUAGAAAGAGUGGCCAGAAGAGAGACGGGGGUGGAAGUGAGAAUGAUGUUCGCUGCGAGAAGGAUGGAGAAACGGAACAGUUAUUGGUGAAUAAUUCCAAUCAAUUGAUUCGAGUAUCAACUACCACUAACGGUGUUCGCUCAGUACUUCCCGAGGAGGCGGGCGUUAACUCAACAGAUGUGAAUUCAUUACCGUUGCACGACAAUGAGACGAACACUAUUCAGUCGUCACGUAUUUCUGAUCCAGUAACCACUGCUACGUCAGUGUGUUUUGAUAGAGUCAGGAGGAAGCGGAAAUCAGGCAUCUCGUGCGAUGACUUACUGGUGAGCAACUUGCAGGAGAGAGCGUCACUGGAGGCGAUUGUAAAUUGUUUGAAAUUCAAACACGCGCGGUUGAUAGAGGAAAAUUUGGAAGAGCAGCAAGACUGUGACUCUACAGCUGUUGGCUUCAAUGUCGGUGCUCUGCAGGAAUUGAUUGAAAGCCAACAACGUGUCAGAUCAUGGGUUGCGCGCGCGUCCCAGGCACUAGGUCGGUACGAGGAGCAGCUUGUCGAACCCCGAGCAAUGAAAGUCGCAUACGAUCUCCGAGGAGAGUUUGAACGACUUUUGCAGUGUGCGUUUCCAAGACAUUCGGCUCAGCUGUUGAGAGACGUCGAAAGAAGACGAAGACAUAACAAUGUUUACAGUAAGAGACGCUGUAUGAAGUCUUCAUGUGACAGGAGAGGAAGAGAGGAGCAUAUGGAUGAGCGUCUUUCUUCCGUCUUAUUGACUCCUGAAGUCACACCGGCUGACUCUCCGUCCUCGCGUAAAGCGCUAUCCAGCCCGCUCGCGCACACGAAUUUGCCUCUGAUGCCGUCACCUGCAAGCAGCGACGAACUCAUUGUCGUCGUCUAGUGUUUUAUUUCUCGCCAUUCGUAUAAUUAUCUUUAUGCAGUUGGUAAUGCUGUAUUUAGUGCUGUUCAAAUUUCAUUAAGCGUUAAACAACGAAUGUGCCACGCGUCACUUUUUAUUUU